AGUUUACUUGUAAAGGGAGGUACCAGAAGGGAUCAGAGAAGCAGCAGCUGGAAGAGUCAGUGCGUAUGGAGCAUUUCCAGGAGAGCUCACACUCACUGGCUCAGGUCUGUGGUUAUCGCAGCCACAUGGAUCAGCUUUACUAGUGUGCAGUCUCCACACGGAAUAGAUCUCCAUCCACCAGUGUCUCUUGAUAAUCUUUCUAGCUAUAACUGCCACUACAUUUGUCUCCUUUCUAUGGAACAUGGAAAUCAGAGGCUGUCAGAUAAUCUUCAUUCUGUGCCUUAUCUUCAGGAAGGUUUUUAGCCAAGUGUCCGAACUGAAUGACGAGACCUUGAGCGCCCACAUAAACCAGCAAGUUACUCUAAACUGCUCCCUUUUAACAGCGGAGGACUGGAAACAAAACAAGGUGCAAGUUAUUUGGUUUAAAGACUUCACAGAGAAGUUAUUGGACUGUGUGGUAGAUAAGGGGAACUCCACCAACUGUCAGUAUGGGUCCAGAUUAUCUAGAGCUCAACUCUCUGCUAAGAUCAUGGAUGGAAACGCCGCACUUGAAUUCUCCAAUGUCCGGGAAUCAGAUGGUGGGACAUACCAGUGCUGGGUGAUCUUCCCUCAGUUUUACAACAAGAAAUACAUUGCGCUGCAAAUACAGGGUGAAGAAAAGGAGGCCUCAGCAGUAGGUGAAUCUUCGGGCAUGAAGACUAUGGACACACUGCAGACCAAUUCUUCAUGGAAAAUUAUGUUGAUCAGUGGAUGGUUUAUUGCCCUUGUUCUGGCUGGAGUCAUCCUUUUGCAGAGAUACUGUAUCAGGAAUAAAAGGUUGAGAUACAAUACUUUUAUUUUAUGACAACAAGGACUUCUUGUGAACAUGGUAUAAUUCUAAGGAGAUGUGCCUCUGAGAUCUUGCAUCUUCGUGGUUAGAUUUAGAUAGGCUGGAUUGGCCAUGCCAGGAUGACCAUUCAUAUCCAACUAUAUGGAAGAAAAACCUGGGUGUAUUACUGACACAGUUCAUCAUGGACAGAAGUUGAACUUGAUGGACAUGUGUCUUUUAUCCAUACUCAUCUACUACCUAAAUUAAUGGUGGUUAUUUUUGAAGGGCAACACUGUUUAUUUUUUUCUAUUAGUGCAAAAAGUGUGGGGCUGACACCAACUUUUGUCCAAGUUAUGGAUCCAAGUUAAUUGGAGAAACAUCCUGAAGGUCAAAAUUACAAGAGAAUUUGGAUGGAUGAUGUAUUCUUGAAUGUGCUUAGCACUAUAAUUGGUUGACUGUAAUAAUCACAUCAUAAGUCUGUGAACUUCUAUGCUGAAGCAGAGACUAACCAAAUCCACAAUUUAGACCAUUUAGCAGGAGCUGCACCCUAUGUGGGACAUUCACUAAGAAUCGUAGUUGCGCUUCGCCAGGCGUAUUUUCGCCAGCGCUCCGCAAAUUCACUAAAAGCCGAAGUUGUGCUCAGGGGUAGCGUAAGGUUGCGAAGUUGCGCUAG